GAAAAACAAGAUAAAAUCAAUCUAUCCAUCCAGUAACAGAUAACUAGAUAAGCAAACAGCCAUAAAUCAGAAGAAACACAUCCAGAUUCCAGACCAUGGCUGCUCUAAGCUUCGGAGUUGCUCACUUACGCUCAUUCACCACCAAAUCUUUCAAGAUUCCAUCCACCCCCAAAAUUUCAUGUGUUUGGGAUCCAGAAGGUGUAUUCAAAACACCAGCACAAACAGGGCAUUUUGCAAGACUAGAUAUGAAGAAAGGGAUUGAGAAAGAAGCUGAUGCUAAAGAUGAUUAUGAGCGUUAUUUGAAGAAUGAGAAAGAACGUCGAGAAGCUCUUCGUCAGGCUCGGGUUAUUCCGGAUACGGACUCAGAGUUGAUUGAGUAUUUUCUUGAUACUGAGGCACAGGAGAUUGAGUAUGAGAUUGCUAGGUUGAGGCCAAGAUUGAAUGACGGAUUUUUCAAACAAUUACAAUCUGAAUUGGGGCAUCUUCGUUUUGCUAUGGCGAAAACUGAGGAAAUGGAAGACAGGGUGUUUGAGCUCGAGGCAUUGCAAAAGGCAAUUUUAGAAGGAAUUGAAGGAUAUGAUAAAAUGCAGAGUGAACUUGUUAAAGCAAAGGAAAGUCUAACCAAGAUCUUCACAUCCAAGGACGUUAACAAAACUUUAUUGGAUAUGGUUGAGUUAAAUGAGCUGAAUAUGUCUUUAGUCACACUUCUUGAUGAGAACAUAGCUAGUGCAAAUCGCAGUGAUCAGAAGCAAGCUGCGGAGUACAUGGAGAAGCUUCGUGCGUCUGUUCUAAAAUAUGUAACAGUUUAGAUUUUGAGUGAUUUGUAAGAGCAUUUCUUCUUUGAUCAUCUAAUAAUGUAGUGAUUCCAGCUGAGCCUUUUUAUAUGUAAAUUCAAAAUUUUGUGUAAAGAAAUGUUAAUAUUGAUGAUAUGUUUUCGGGAGCAUUCUGAGAUA